CUUUCUCCUGUCGUUGUGCCGCCAAAUUUUCCCCACAACCAAGAAGAAGACACGCCACACAACAACACCACCACCCCGAACCACCCACCACUCCAGCGACGCGUGCACACGCGUGGCAGCAGGCACACACACGCACACACGCACACACACACACACUCACACGCACACACGCACACACACACACGCACACACACACACCCCUCUUGUUCAUUGCGCGUGCAGGGGACGCGCAAGGGUCGACAGCCAUCGCAAUAGCUGCUGUGGGGCAGCUGGCUUUGUCUGCAUCAGUCACAAACAGUCACAGGGACCUGCUGUCUGUCCUCUGAACAGCCACACGAAUGGAGAAAGGAUGGCGGCUGGUGACGCUGGAUGGAAAGCGCAUGCGCAUUUCCAUCCAAGACGGGAGACGCGCCAAGGACCCACGUGACCCCAAUGCCACUUCAGCCACGCCAACACUGCGCAGCCUUCCGCAAAACCCCGAGUAUGCCACUCCAGAGAUCAGGUCGGUGUUCAUCGCCAACCUCAGCACAGCCGUUACUGAGGAGCAGCUGAAAGACACCAUGGCCCAGUUCGGUCCAGUGGCAACCGUUGAGGUGUUCACGCGCCUCUUCACACGCGAGCCGACCGGGUUUGCAACGGUUACGUUUGCCACGACCAAGGCUGCGAAGAUGUGUGCGCUGCAAUCGGGGCAGCUGCGUCUGGAGAACCAGUCCGUGUAUGUGCACAUGGACCACGCCAUCCCAAACUACAAGGCCGACGGCGCCAGCGCGACGCUGAGCGAGGUGUACAUGGGCAAGUACCAUACAGACGCCAGCCGCGGCCACACCCCCUCGUUCCCUGCCCUCACCCAGCUCUACCCAGACCCGCUCAUUCGACCAGAGGACAUGCCAGCGUCGCCGACGUCGUCCAAUAUGGGCAUGUCCCCAUCCCCGGAUGCAGAGUACCAGUUUUCCUCGUUUGGCGCCACCACCACCACCACCAACGCCACCAACGCCGAUGCUGCUUCCACGACGACAACAACAGCAGCAGCAGCCAGCACCUCGCCUGCAUCCAACGCUCGUGCCGACCACUUGCCAAUGCAGCAGAACAACAGCAGCACCCACACAACACCGCACCAUCACCACCACCGCCGCCAUCACGAUGAUGAGCGCACACGUGGCCGUGACCGCCACCACAGCGACAGUGACCACCACCACCACCGUGAUGACCGUGAGCGCGAGCCCUCGUCGCAUCGGCGCCGCUCGGGGGAGAGAAGUGGCCGCUGGUCGCGCUCGCCAAGCCGCACACGCACACGCACACACGCACAUGGACAUUCACACGCACAUGGACACAAUCGCGAUGAGAGCAGGCGAUACAGCAGCGGCAGCUUUGACGGGGAGAGCAGACACCAGCACGAUGACACCCGUGAUCACGGCUAUGGUGACCACGCCAGCCGGAGGGACCACACCCACUCCCACCGCCGCAACCACCGCGGUGGCGGUAGCAGGCGAGGGGGUCGCAGUGGCAGUCGCGGUGGCAGCCGUGUUGGGGGGUGGAACUCCCCAUCAUCCAGUUGGAACAGCGGUGGCAGAGCGGGUGGCGAUGUGCACGGACACAUGCGCAGCCCCAUUUCAGGUACUAGCCGCUCUCCUUACACGCCGCAGCCGCACGGGCGCUAUGGUGACCGUGGCGACCACAUUGCGUCGCCGUUGCAAUCUGCCGCCGCGGCAACACCACCACUGCCACCGCCACAGCUGGCCUCCUCAUCACCAUCGACGUCAACCCCAACAUCGCACCAACCGCUGGUGGUGCUGCAGAUUCCAGGACCGUUUCCAAGACGCGUUGCGCCGAGUGACUGGCUGGACUUUCUUUCCGAGUACCACCCUGUCCAGGCGAGGUUUAACACUCGUCACAGCGUGUGGCGCGUGUCGUUUCGUGACAAGCGCGAUGCUGACGCUGCUGCCCGCCACUGCCUGCACUCGCAGCUGCUUGGCUACCGUCUCUCGCGCCCGCGUGUGCUCCCUCAACGCAGCAACAGCACCAGCGACAACGCCAGCCACGACAGCCACAACGGCACUCCCCACUCCAAGCAACAACACCAACAACAGCAGCAACAACAGCAGCGGGGUGGCUCAUGGGGUGCGCAUGCGAUGACGACACCGCCAACACCAACAGCAAACGGAGGUGCACCCGGCCAGCAGUGGGGGGCAGCUGCUGCAACAUCGUGGGGGUCGACAUCCGCAACACCAACAACACCAACGACACCAACAACACCGCAUCAACAGCGGCAUGCACCAGCACGUAAGGGCCUCUUGCCCGCACCCGGCAGCUCGCCACUUGUCACGUCGCCAGCAACGUGGGUGACGAGACCAUCUCCAUCGACACCAAUGACCACAGCAGCGACAACACCGAUGACAACAAUGACACCAACCACUGGUGGUGGUGGUGGUGCGGGUGUGUAUGAUGGCACGACGCUGACGGCUGUUCCCAAGGCGCUUGCUGCGCUGCUACGGAACAAGCUUGGUCCCGGCGGCAUCGUUGAAGGCGAGGGCCGUGGCAGUGACGACGAACAGCACGCGAGUGGUGGCGCUGGCGGUGCUCGUGAAUCCGCACAUGGACAUGAGCACGUGCGCGUGAUGACGUGGAAGGAAGCCUGCAAGCAGCGCCUCUCACACCUCCUCCAGCGCUCCUUUGUCCUCAGAUUCUCCCAAUCCGUUGUGGAGGCUGAGGUGCGCCGUGUGGUGGAGAAUCACUUUGCUGCCAUCGCCCGCCGGCAGCAGCAGCUGGCGCAGGAGGAGGAAGACGCACGGGCGCAUUUGGCGACACCAAAAGCUGUCUCCAUCACGUCCCUCUCCAGCCUCACCAUCGAGCGGCGCAAGGAUUUGCCUGCAAGCACGCGCUCACGCCUCCCGUCGCACACACGUGCACGCGUGACCGGCGGCGUGCGUGCGAGAGCGCGGCGAACAGCAGUGGCGCCAACAUCACACGUGGACGGGGCACGACGCCGCCGCAAACCAAUUGCACCGCAGGCGGGGGGUAAGGGCGACUGGUGGGCAGAUAUGGAGCUUGCAUCGUCGUCGUCAUCGGAUGAGGAGGAGGAACAGGAACAGGGUGAUGACAUGGAGGAGGAUGAGGAGGAGGAGGAGGAGGAUGUAAUGGAAGACGAGGACGAAGAGGACGAGAGUGAUGUAGCGCACGACCAUGAUGUUGAAUUCCAGCAUCGAGCGAAGCGGAGACACAGCCGCCGAUUCGACAGCACGGAUGAUGAAGAUGACGAUGGGGAAGGUGAUGAUGGUGAGUGGGCCGUGGCGUGGAAACGAAGCAAGACGCGCACAUCCACGCUAUCGUCCUGUCAUCGCAACACAGUCCCAACAGCACAUGUGGUAGCAGCGUACGAGAACAGACGCUGAUGCUGAUGA